CAAGCUCGCAGCCAAGGCGAAAGUACUAUUCACCUCGGUGACACGAUGAUCAUCCAGCGCUUACCUACUACGUGCAACCGGUUGCAAUGGCUGCGGUCGUCUUGGUAUUCGUCAGGUCGUUCAUUUUCAUCGCUGGCGACACCGAACGCCCAAAGGAAGCCUCCCAAAUCUGUGUUGAUCGUCAACAAAACGGGGAGUCAAUCAGUGCUCAACGCCAUCGACAAGCUCCAUAAGUAUUUUGAAGCGAGACAGCCUGAAGUGAAGGUCUUGCACGAAGACGUUCAUGAUGCACCUACUCAUAGGCCUCGAUGGGCGCCAGGUUCUAAUACAGAACCGAUCGAUCUCGUAGUCACGCUCGGCGGAGAUGGGACUAUACUUCACGCAUCGUCUCUGUUCAAGACAGGUGCUGUGCCCCCGGUCCUCAGCUUUUCCAUGGGAACCUUGGGAUUCCUGUUGCCAUUUCAUUUUGAUGAUCAUGUCCAGGCCCUCGACAGAGUCUUCAAUGGGACAUACGGGAUUCUUCAUAGAAUGAGGCUGUCUUGCACGUUUCAUGCAGCACAUGGCACGCACGCCAACCAGAAGGGCGAAGGCUGGCAGGUAAUGAAUGAAGUGACACUUCACCGCAGUGCCCACCCGGGGCUGAAUAUAGUCGACAUAUUCGUGGAUGGCCAACAUUUAACUGAGGCAGUGGCCGACGGGCUCAUAAUAUCAACGCCAACUGGAUCGACGGCCUAUUCUUUGUCUGCUGGAGGCCCCAUUCUGCAUCCUACCAUGGAAGCAAUCAUCUUGACGCCGGUAUGUCCAAGGAGUCUCUCAUUCAGGCCGCUGGUGUUUCCGGCAUCGGCGUCCAUUACGUUACGGAUCAACAACCGUAGUCGUGCGCCUGCGGGGACCUUCAUGGACGGCCAAGAAACGCACAUACUCAAUCCAGGGGAUUCAGUGACGGUCUCUGCAUCUCCGUACCCUAUUCCGUGCAUCAGCAGAUCAUCAAUCGCCGACUGCGGUAUGUCGCCGCCCGGGAACACGCUUGAUAAACCAACAAGCACAGAGGACGACUUCGUGAAGGAUAUCAAUAGCCUUCUCCAGUAUAACGCAACGUUCAGGAGCAAAGCGCUGCUGAAACACGAUCGCUAAUGAGUCGUGUAGUUGCGCUGUAUUUGCGUUCGAACGCUCUCAUGCGCAACUAGCCUUUCAUACUACACGGCUAACCUUAGGGCCGCUGACUCCCCGCUGCCAAACUUGGCACCUGGGCUACCAAGGGUGCCGCACGAAAGCUGCGCGCUGCGCGGGUUCCUGAUACUAGUCUAGAGAUGUCCGAGAACGCGCCAUGCUGUCGUGACUGCUUCCCGUUCCGUACGAUAACCUGCGUGCAUCUUUAAAGUAUCUUCAAAUAGCCGUGUCUUGCCAUAGAAUAC